UUGCUGACCGGUUGUCUUGUUUGCGUCAGUAUCUGAUAUAUUGCGAGGCCAGCCGCUUGCAACCAGAACACUCCACGAGGAAGCGGACCUCAACAAGCAGAUCGGCGGCCGAACUCUGGUUCUGCCCCGGCGAUUUGUUUUCUCGGAGCUCUACUAUCCGACUAUCUCUACGAUAAAUAUAUAAGGAUACUUUCUAGAGGUUGGAGGAGAAGGGUAAAAGGAAUUUAUAGAGUGAAACGAAAUCCUGUACAAUGUCUUCACACAAGAUUGAAACUGGCCACCAAGAUAUGGUUCAUGAUGUACAAAUGGAUUACUAUGGAAAACGCAUAGCAACAGCUUCCUCUGAUUUUACCAUUAAAAUUAUUAGUGUUAGCAAAAACUCUGAUUCACAACUCUUAGCCUCAUUGAGUGGUCAUAAAGGCCCAGUUUGGCAAGUUGCUUGGGCACACCCAAAGUUUGGUUCAUUGUUAGCUUCCAGCUCUUACGAUGGUCAAGUGAUAAUAUGGAAGGAAGGAAAUCAAAAUCAAUGGGUGCAGGCUCAUGUUUUCAGUGCACAUAAGUCUUCGGUGAACUCCAUUGCCUGGGCACCCCAUGAACUUGGCCUCUGCUUGGCCUGUGGAUCAUCUGAUGGGAGUAUAUCAGUCUUUAUUGCUAGAUCUGAUGGUGGCUGGGACAAUAAUCAAAUUGAACAAGCCCACUCUGUUGGAGUAACCUCAGUUUCAUGGGGCCCUACGACGGCUCCAGGUUCCUUAAUUGGAUCCAGUUCAGUGGACCCUGUUUGGAAGCUAGCUUCUGGGGGUUUCGAUAGUACGGUGAAAGUGUGGACGCUAAAAGAUGGAAGCUGGAGGAGGGACUCCUCCCCUGCCCUUCAGAUGCACACUGAUUGGGUAAGGGACGUGGCUUGGUCGCCAAACCUAGGCCUUCAAAAAUCCACCAUAGCAAGUGGUUCCCAGGAUGGGACAGUGAUUAUUUGGUCUGUUGCAAAGGAAGGAGGGAAAUGGGAAGGCAUAGUGAUGAAUGAUUUUAAGACUCCAAUCUGGAAGGUUUCAUGGUCAUUGACCGGAGACUUAUUGGCUGUUGCUGAUGGGAAUAACACUGUUACAUUGUGGAAAGAAGCAGUCGAUGGUAAAUGGCAGCAAGUUACUAAAGUUGAGCCUUAGGUUAUUCAUUGUUAGUCUCUAUCUUUUCAUUAUGUUAUUCGUCUUGUCUGGAGCAUGUUGUUCAAUAUUGUUAAACAAUUUCCUGUAUUUAGUUCACAGUCCUUGUACUAUCAUUGCGUGUUUACAUAACUUCUUAAUCAGAUUUUGGUGUUGAGCAUGAGUAAUAUUUUCUGAUUUUAUUAAA